CGUUACGGAUCUAAAGCACGAAAUCCUUCCUGAUUAUCCUUUGCAAAACUCCGAGUUCACUCAAUUUAAUCCCUCGUUCUGCGCAUUUUAAUGUUCCAUCGUGAGGACUGUGAAGGAAGGGCAUAGCGUCGUGAUUAAAGAGUGUCAAAAACGGCAGCUCCGUAAAGAAUCUCAAACACACCUACGUAAAUCUUCAUCUUCAUUGCACGAAAGACACGCGAAGAAGACUAAAGAACACACCCAAAGGACAAAUAUAGCGCUACUUGGUUUUGCAGCUUUGUCCGUGAUCUCGCAGCCAUGACCAUUUUCUUCAUCUUCUUCAUCUUCCUCGUUGUCUCCGAUGGAGCUGCUUCGACGGAGGGCUCGCUUCUUGAGUUCUCGAGCCAAGACGAGCUGGUGGAAAUGGCGGGAUAUGGUGUGAAGAAGGUGUCGACCGUCUUGGUCGCUGGCUCGGUUUCGUGCGUGGCUCGCCUUCCCGGGGACGCUCAUCAUCGACUUCAUGCUUGGCCAGUCUCCGGUGCUUUGGUUGGUGUAAAAUGUCAAAAAAGCAAGAGCAGGAUCAGUUCAAAUUGGACUCGAGGCUCCACCGAUGAAUUUGGAGACUUCACGAUGGAUCUCCCGUCCCACCUCCAUGCCGUUCCGGACCUACCCAAGAAAUGCUCGGUGCGACUCCUCCGAGUCCCAAGAAGCUCGCCUUGUCGACCGACUCAUGGUCAUAGACACAAGAGGUUGAAAUUAGCUUCGGUCAGAGAUGGGGUUCGCACUUACAAGGCUGGAAACAUAAGGCUCGUGCUCAUGCAGUCCUCAAGGCUUGCAAUGGAUUGUGGAAGCAGCAUGAAUAGGAAUCUAAACUGAGUUGAUCAUAUAAAAACUUUACAUCCCUACUUAUACACUUAAAUUCAUAUGACACUUUGAGGUAUUUCCAUUCAGAAAAUAUGUGUAAAAAGAAAAGCAGGUGUCAUUAUUUGAUUAGACAUAGAUAAAAAAAACAAAAAAGAGUUUCAUCUAAAGAAUAUAAUUUGAUAUGUAUCGAAUGACGAUUAUUUUGAAGUUAAGGGAAGAGCAUGUCAAUAAUUUGUAUGGUGUGUGGUAAGUUAUAUUUGUGUAGAUAAUGGUGUAAAUAUGUAUGUAUCAAUCGGUGAUCAUAUGAUGACGUGUAAGAUUUAUAUUUAAAUAGGUGUUUUUGUUUUUUUAAA